UCCAGCGAUGUUUGCCCGACUUAACAGGAAUCUCCAGAACCAUAUUGAUCAGGCGCAUAUAUAUCUUAAGAUGAAAGUAAGCCAUGGAGUUACACAGCACUCGAGCUCUCCCAAUUAGCAAACUCAGAGGUGCUCUCAAGGGCUCAUUUGCUCUGACGCCUGAUUCAGAAGGCUACGAAGCAAGCUUACACAGAUGGUCUGAAGCAGCUGAAAAAAGAGCGGCAGUUGUGGUGCAAGCAAGGUCAGCCGAAGAUGUAUCCACAGCGUUACUAUUUGCUCAAGAGCAUGGCUUAGAAGUUGCUGUGCUUGGUGGAGGACAUUCAACCUCUGGAUCAUCUUCGACUGAGGGCGGCCUCGUUAUCGAUCUCACUAAAAUGCGUCAUGUAACGGUCAACCCGUCCUCAAAGACAAUCAAAGCUCAAGGAGGAACCAUAUGGGAGGACGUCGAUCUGGCUGCGGCCCAAUAUGGUCUUGCAACAGUUGGUGGAACUGUAAAUCACACCGGUGUUGGCGGUCUCACACUAGGCGGAGGCUAUGGCUGGCUAAGCGGCAAAUACGGACUGACAAUAGACAACUUGGUCGAAGCUGAAGUGGUCCUCGCCGACGGUCGAAUUAUGACAACGUCUGAAAAACAAAACUCUGAUCUCUUUUGGGCCAUUCGUGGAGCUGGCCAGAGCUUUGGUGUUGUAACUAGCUUCACCUUUCGUGGCUACGAGCAAAAGGAUCCAGUAUGGGGAGGGCUACUAGCUUUUGAUACCGCUGCUUUGGAUAAAGUGAUUGACUUCGCUAACAAACUCGUGGAAACGACGGAAGGACAGAGUGGUAUGGUAGUGGGAAUUGGUGCGCCUGCUCCGACUCACGAGGUUCGUAUCCUCACAAUCCUCUUCUACGACGGUGAUGAAGAGAAAGCAAGAGCGUACUAUGAUGCUUUAUUCAAGCUUGGUCCCGUUGUGGAUAGGACUUCAGAAAUGACAUAUAAGCAAGUCAACAGCAUGCUUAAUGCGGUAUCGACACAUGGUGACCGCAAGACUCAAAAAGGCUCUGCAUUUACUGCUCCACUACCUGCUUCUCUGGCAAAAACGCUAGUCCAGGACUAUUCCCAAUUUAUUGACGAAGUGCCAGAUGCUAAAAAGACCAUCAUCUUGAUGGAGUAUUUUAGCCAAAGGAUGGUGAACAACGUGGCUCAGACAGCUAUGUCCUUCGCCAACCGUGGGUUCCAUUACAACAUUCUGUUCAGUACACAAUGGACAGGAGCACAAAACGACGCUAAAUGCCGAGAAUGGACUCGCAAUAUGGGGCGUAAAGUCACAAAUGAGUUGCUCAAGACCAAGAACAAUGACGGCGUUGGAGAAUACGGAAAUUACGACGGCGUUUCUUCUUCUUCAGCUCAAGAUAUCUUUGGAAUCAACUACGAAAGAGUUCUAGAGCUGAAGAAGAGAUACGAUCCCAAAAACAUAUUCGCCAAAGGAGCAGUAUUCGACGUAUGA